AUGCCUUCCAAGAAGAAGGGGACACCUAUCACCCACCCUGCAAGACCUCAGGCUUUACCUCUGACCCACGAUUCCUCCAAGAAUGGAGACACCACCGAAUCCGCUACCGAACUUCCCCAGCCUCAAAUAAACAGAAAGAAGCAGAAGAGGCGGCAGAAGGAGGCUGCCAAAAGAGCCGCAGAGACUGACAUUCCUCUGCCCAACGGUCAACAGCAGAAUGGAACUCUUCCUCCCGUCAAACAAGGUCGAGGUCCUGUCAAGGGUUAUUUUACCGAGGAGCCCGAUUAUGUUGACCCUCAAGACCCCUCCGCCUAUCCCGAGCUAGGAAGCCCCGAAGAAGCCUUCUACAGUGGUGACGAUGACCCCGCAUAUGCUCCCCAGGACGAUUCACUACACGACAGUUCAUGGCUACACACCAGCAAACGGAAGAAAUCAAAGAGUAAAAAGAACCACCUCGAUGACUCCAACCCCAUCUCGCGAACCUCGACCGCAUUAUCCCGGUCGAAUAUUCCUCCAAUGUCCAAUGCUGCCAUUCGCGCGUCUCACAAACUCUCAAAUGACCAGAUAUGGAACACAUCCACCCAGGCCGAGCGCGAGAACAUCAAACAGUUUUGGCUAGAACUGGGUGAGGAUGAACGACGAUCCUUGGUCAAAGUGGAGAAGGAAGCCGUGCUACGUAAGAUGAAAGAACAGCAGAAGCAUUCUUGUAGUUGUUCAGUGUGUGGACGAAAGCGCACAGCCAUCGAAGAAGAACUCGAAGUCCUCUACGACGCCUAUUACGAAGAGCUGGAACAAUUCGCAAACCACAAUGGUGAUAUUUCAAACGCCCCACAGCUGAUGGCUCCUGCUCGGACCCCUUUUAGGAGAGUCACUCAACCCAUGGCAGGCUCUUACCCUUCUCGGGGAAGAGUCCAUGAAGUCAACGAGGACGAGGACGAACUCGAAGACGACGACGACGAGUAUGACGACGACGAAGAGCCUUACAGUGACGAGGAAGGCGACUUUGAUCCUCAUGGCCUACCUCCCGGACCGCCCGAUUUUUUCCAGUUUGGAAACAGCCUUACAGUCAAGGAUGGCAUCCUUACCGUGGCCGACGAUCUAUUAAAGAAUGAUGGCAAGCACUUCAUAGAUAUGAUGGAACAGUUGGCCGAAAGAAGAAUGCAACGUGAGGAAGACAUUCGCUAUCAUUCCUCUGCAUAUGCUCAUCGUGAUAUUCAUCAAGGUCACAAUCAUCCCCCCAUAGACGAUGAUGACGAUGAUUAUGACGACGAAGACGACGAUGAAUAUGACAGUCAGGAAGAGGACGAUUUCGAAGGCGACGAAAUGGAUUCUAUGACUGAAGAACAGCGAAUGGAAGAGGGUCGACGAAUGUUUCAGAUCUUCGCUGCUCGUAUGUUCGAACAACGUGUUCUAACAGCAUAUCGAGAAAAGGUUGCCGCCGAACGUCAAAAGAAACUCCUCGAAGAACUGGAUGAGGAAAACCGCCUUGAUACCCAGAGAGAAGCCAAAAAGGCUCGCGAGGCUGCCAAGAAGAAGGAAAAGAAACGACAGCAAAAGGCCGCCAAAGACGAAGAAAAGGCCAAGAAGGACGCUGACAAACUGGCUCAGGAAGAAGCUGCUCGGAAACUCGAGGAGAAGCGAAUGGAGGAGCAGCGUCAACGGAAAGAAGAGCAGAGGAAGAAGCGUGAAGCCGAGAAGAAAGCCGCCGAAGAGGAUCGACUGCGGAAAGAGGCGGAGAAGCAUCGAAAGCAGCAAGAGCAGCGCGACCGACAGGCCGAAGCAGAAAGAAAGCAGCGUGAAGCCAAAGAACGAGAUCGCCUAAAACGAGAGGAUGCCAAGAGGAAAGAACGUGAGGAGCGAGAUUCGAAAGAAAAGGAGGCCAGGGAACGAAAAGCUCGUGAGGACAAGGAGAAAAAGGCCAAGGAAGACCAAGCGAAGAAAGAUGCAUCUUUGAGAGCAGAGAAGGAUGUCAGAAAUCAUGCCGGCCAACAUCCCCCUCAAAAGCAACAACCAAUAGCGCUUCCACCUGGACUCCAUCCUGCUACAAAACCUUCCAACCUGCAGUCUCCUCAUUUCCAAACUGCAACACCUGUGGUGCCUCCCAAGGUGCCCACACCUGUUCGAAAUCGACAGUCUUCUCAACCUGGGCAGCAAUCCCAUGGCUCAUCACCUCGAUCUCAAAAGGCGAGCACGGAGAUUUCACGAAGCUCUGCUUCACCUGCGACGGUAUCAAUGCCUCAGACUCCUGGACCUCCGCAACCGAUCAAGACACAAGGUCACCAACCUGUAUUACACCAUCCUCAGCCAUCAGCCCCCAGAUCGCCUCUUAAUAAUCAUGGACGUGGUCAAUAUCCGUUCAACAUGAAUGGACUACCAGGACUGGGCGUUAAUGGACCUCCUAUGGGAUCCGGAAUGAUGCCAAACAUGAUGCCGCCGAUGCCCAUGUAUCAAGGUCCACCCCUUGGUAAUCAGCAAAGAUUUGCACCAAAUGGAAUGCAGUAUCCACCAGGAUUCCCACGACCCUUCCAAGGACAUCAGAUGCCAUUUGUUCCUCCUGGCCCAGUCCAGGUGCCAGGAAUGCCGAAUCCGCAGCCAGUUGCAAACCCACCUCCACAUUCUCGGCAGCCAUCCAGUGACAAUACAGCUCAGCCAGCACCUAUUGCCCGACCCGGACCCAUCGCUCGGCCUUCGAGUACGACUCCCGACAAGCAAAAGCAUCAACGAAAAUCUCCAGAUGCUGAUCUGGACCAGCUGACUACACAAUUAGGCAGCAAGGCACUCUUGGACGAUUCAGAUGAACCUUUCUUAGGGAACUCGGAACCUCGUAUGAACCUACCACCACUUGGACCACCUGGAUCUUCGAGAUUGCCUUUUGCGAGCGCGUUUGGCGAACCCAAACAAGAUGCUUUUGGGCUUGGAACUCCAGGCUGGGGUGGUUUCAAUCCUGUUGCGCCCGUUUCUGGGAACUGGGGCCCGCCUCCAAAUGCACGACCGGGUCCUGGCUGGUCACAACCUCCCUUUGGAGCGAUAGGCGGCGGACCUCAACCAUUGCCACGUUCGCAUUUUCCGAGACCUGUCUCUGUUAGACUCAUGCUUGUUCAAGCUUGUCGACAACUAUCAAACAUCCCGGGAGGACACCUGGACAACUAUCAUCCAGUGCCGAAUGUGCUUCGGCAAUUGAACGCUAUCAAAGACCCCAGCGAGGCAGCGGUGUCCAUGGAUGAAAUGCUAGGCAUUUGCGAUACGGAAGGCAAUUCACAAAAUGGAGGUGGCUCUUUUGAGGUCGUCAUUGACAAGACAAGAGGACAGGUCCUGAAAUUCAUUGAAGAGGUCCCCAAUCAACCACGGAACAGUGUUUAUGAAAUCCGCAGCCCCAAUCUCGGACACAGUCAACAUAUUCAAACGAGUCCUUUUGGUGGCAUCGGCCAAAACAGCUUCGGACCUCCUGGUAGGAGCUUUUAG